AUGCCGCGUCCUAGUCGAGAAUCAUACGGCGAUCAAAAGCCUCCAUAUUCUUAUAUAUCAUUAACGGCUAUGGCAAUUUGGAGCUCCCCUGAAAAAAUGCUACCCUUAUCGGACAUAUACCGGUUUAUAACUGAAAGGUUUCCAUAUUACCGUCGGAACACUCAAAGGUGGCAAAAUUCAUUAAGGCAUAAUUUAUCAUUUAAUGACUGUUUUGUUAAAAUUCCCCGUCGGCCGGACAGGCCGGGUAAAGGAGCCUACUGGGCAUUACAUCCAAACGCUUUAGACAUGUUUGAAAAUGGAAGUUUGCUUAGAAGAAGAAAAAGGUUUAAAUUAAUGAAAUCGGAUAAGGAUAGACUGGAAAAUGAACUGUCGACGCUUGCUAACUUAAACAGGUUUAUGUUUGCUCCUCCUCAGCAGACGACAUCAGAGCCACCACCUCAACCGUCCCGGUCUCAGUGCAAGAGUCCAAUCACGUUCACGUCGCAAACGGUCAUACUCGCGAAUGACAACGAUAAAAAAGAACACAGAACAAAAAGGCCGUUCACGAUCGAAAGUCUCAUUUCCGACGAUAGACCUUCGUCUAACGGAGGAUCGCCGGAACCAGAAGAAGCAACGUUAGUACCGGCAAGUUCGCAAGUUCCUUCUUAUUUGGGAUCUCAUCCGACGUGUUACGGUCCACCUCUAGUCCACCCUCCGUACAUUCCACAACCUUUACUAUUGGGUUUGAUGCAUCCUCAAGUGAAUUCAUCGUGGCAAUCAUCUGAUGCGGUACCUUUGUUUAGAUUUAGUCCGACCAUGAGGACGGUUUGA